CGGAGAGCAGAGUCCGAGACGAUCCCCAAGAGGAGGGUGCUGGCGUCGCCGUCGUUCCCGGUGCCGCGGUCUCUCCCGUCUCCGAGGAAAAAGGCUCGGGUGCCGCCGGGGCGCACGCCAGAGUCGGAGUCCGAGACGCUCCCCAGGAGGAGGAGAGCGCCGUCUCCGUGGUAGAACUGGACGACCGCGUCGAGGUUGUCCACGUCGAGGUCCAAGAGCCCGCCGCGCGCCCUCUUGGAAGACGACGAGUGGCAGAGGCCUGGGCUGGUGGCGUUGCCGAAGCGCGACGACGAAGUACGGGGAGGUAAUCAAUCGGCGCCAUUCUUGGCACACGCGGCGCCAGUUCAGGCAAUCCGCGGGCCUUGAGCGGAGAAGGAUCUCAUGGAACGCGUCCGCCGAGAGCGCUUGCCCUCCAGCGUCCGCCAUGGGCGCCGCCUCGGAGAAGCUUAGCUUCGAGAAGGGGAGGCCGCCGGGAGGGGGGAAUCGGAGGAAUCGGGCGACCGUUGUUGAGAGAGAAUCCCGAGGGGAUUUUGUUGGAUUCUGGAAGGGGAAAGGCGGCGGCCACCGGUUCGGUUCGGUUCGGUUCGGUGGGCUGUUCGGCUUACGGUUGGGCCAGGCCUGUUGGGCCUCGGAUUGUGGGCCCCACACAAUCUCCUUCCUCCUCUUGGUCGCACCGGCCGCCGCUCCAUCUCUUCACCGCCGGUCGCGCGUGCGCCGGCCGGAGUGCGUGCUAGGGGAGGAGGGAGCGGCGGCCGGGGUGGUGGUCGGUGGCGGGGGCAGGGGCGAGGAGAGGGGCGGAGCCGGCGAGGUCGAAGGCGGGCAGGCAAUGCGGCUGACGCAGACCGGGGAUGGCGGCGGCGCAGGAGGCCUUAGACCGCUCGGGUGCGUCGGGAGGCAGGAGAGCACACGGACAUAUGCCAGGGUUGCGCGACCAUUAUUCUCAUCCUCGGCGAGCACCUCCAUCUACUGGUGCCCCCUGCCGCGCUCCCCACCGCGCCAUACAUGUGUUGAUUGGUAUUCUUUCUUGAUCUGGCUGGCCGCUGCGAAGCUGUUGUCUAGCCAACACAUGGGAUGUGAUCUGUUGUGAUGGCGUGAAAAGAAAUGGAGCAGCUGCUGGGCAAAGAUGGGGAAUCUGAUUCAGAAAGAGCCUAUAGUUCAUUUUUGAAGGUAUGCAGGUCCUUUUAUUUGUAUUUUUGUUCAAUGUUCAAGCGAGAAUUCCCAGGAUUUAGCACAAAACUAUAGUUUCUGUGCUUUACUUCUCACAUUGUUUCGCUGGGCUUGGAGUAUGUAAAACUUUUAAUAUGCAUCUCGUCCCCAACAUCCAAAGGUAAUGGAAUCCAUGCAAUGCAUCUAUUCUUUGUUCCUAGUAUACAGAUUGUUCGAUGGUCUUGAUCUACUUCUGUUAUGGUGCUAAGACUUUGCUUACUCCCAUGUAGUCUAUAGUCCCCUCCAGCCCCCAACCCAUGAAGGCCAUUGCUGGAUCUACAUGUCGCCAUACAAAAGAUGGUGAGUAGCAUUUGUCACAGCCGCAGUGUCACUCGAAAAGGAGCACUUCUCGAACAAACUCGUCGUGGGGCGAGUUACAUGUACACUUCUCAACUUGGGGUCAUUAUCAAUAGAGAAUGUAGUACUCUAUGAGGCAAAGACAUUUCUUUAUCUAGUUGAUUGAUGUAUCUGGUUGAUCUAGCUUUGUAAUCUGGUUGAACCUCUAUGCUAGAGAUGUGGACUAGAAAUACUAUGUUCGAGCCUAAAUGAUUGUUUGAAAUUUUAUUACUGCAAAAUGCUAUAUUAUUAGUACCCAAAUGCAUGGGAUUCUAUUUC